AGAUGAUCUGAAGAUGGAAAGAGCCAGGCGAAGGGGAGGCGGCGGCGGCGUCCGCGGCCGCGGAGGCAAGACUGUAGGGAGCUCUGGCCUAAGCAAGAGCAGACUGUGUCCCCAGGCCCAGCACCCCCCCUACCCCCACUACUCCGCUUCAGCCACCCCUAACCAGGCUGGGGGCGCAGCCGAAAUCCAGGAGCUAGCCUCCAAACGCGUGGACAUCCAGAAAAAGAGGUUUUACCUAGACGUGAAGCAGAGCUCCCGAGGCCGGUUCCUAAAGAUAGCAGAAGUCUGGAUAGGGAGAGGCCGGCAGGACAAUAUCAGAAAGAGCAAACUGACCCUCUCCCUGUCGGUAGCGGCGGAGCUGAAGGACUGUCUAGGCGACUUCAUCGAGCACUACGCCCACCUGGGUCUGAAAGGCCACAGGCAAGAGCAUGGCCAGGGCAAAGAGCAAGGCUCCCGGAGGCGGCAGAAGCACCCUGCACCCUCCCCACCAGUGUCGGUGGGAUCCGAAGAGCAUCCUCACAGUGUCCUCAAAACAGACUACAUAGAGAGGGACAAUAGGAAGUAUUACCUAGACCUAAAGGAGAAUCAACGGGGUCGCUUCCUAAGGAUUAGACAAACCAUGAUGCGAGGGACUGGCAUGAUAGGUUAUUUCGGCCACAGUUUGGGCCAAGAACAGACUAUUGUCCUCCCUGCUCAAGGAAUGAUUGAAUUUCGUGAUGCCUUGGUUCAGCUGAUCGAAGACUAUGGCGAAGGGGAUAUAGAAGAACGAAGAUGUGGCGAUGAUGAAGCACUUGAACUCCCAGAGGGGACCUCUUUCAGAGUGGACAAUAAAAGGUUCUACUUUGAUGUGGGCUCUAAUAAAUAUGGAAUUUUCCUGAAGGUAAGUGAGGUGAGGCCACCUUACCGUAAUACUAUUACUGUUCCAUUCAAAGCUUGGACAAGGUUUGGGGAGAAUUUUAUCAAGUAUGAAGAAGAGAUGAGGAAAAUUUGCAACAGCCAUAAGGAAAAGAGAAUGGAUGGCAGAAGGGCCAGUGGUGAAGAACAAGAAUGCCUCGACUAGAGUGAAAUUGAACUCCAUCAGGCAGAAUUUAAAAUCGUAGAUUGGCUAAAGUACUGAUCCAUAAUCUUUUGAAGAAGGUUGUCCUAUUUUUGGCCCUUUGUUGUUAGUAAUACCUCUAAUAGUUUAUACUUCAAGAAGUCUGAUUCUCAUGUUAUGUUAUACAUAGAUCACUAUAGUUAUCAUGGGAAUUCCAACCUUCCCAGAGCUAAGUAGUUUAGCUGCUUCAGCUGCUCCAGACUAUUGAAGUAUGCAAAUCAGCACAAAAACGUGACAUUCUGACCUUCUAAAUAUUGUAACUAAGAUUUACAUUGCACUAUGACAUAAUCCUGAAAAAGAUACAUACACUUAGUAUGAAAGUGUGAAUUUCUAUUUAACAAAUCCCCCCCCACAACAUUCCAUUCCUACUUCACUAAAAGCUGCUGAGUUUAUCUGUAGGACAGUUACCAGAGAAACAGAAAUUGACCUCAAAUAUAGUAUAUUUCUUUAUAAAAAUACAAGUAGAAACAUAUUAUUCAUUGGGUAACUGAAUAUUAAGUACCACUAAAGGAUCAAAUCUUAUUAAGCCCAUAAAAUGCAGCAUGUUCCUUAACAGUUGCUACAUACAGGAUUCUAUAAUUUGAAAUUUUGUGGUAACCCUGCAGUUUUUCAUUCCCAUAUCAAAGCCAUGGAAUUCCAGAGUUUCAGUUGGUUAUUCUGAGGUAGUUGCAAUCCCAUCUUCUCUUUGUUGUACUGUAUAUUUUUGUUGACUUUCCAAAGAUUCAGGAAUUACAUUUAUGUCACUGUUUAGUGGGAGGUCCCAUCCAGCGGCUUUGCUAUGGAAAUUUUGAUGUUUUAGCAUUUUGUGAUAAUUUGAAAAUUGUGAUAGGUAUUUCCCUAAAAUAUGCCGUGGCCACCGGCAUUAUAUUUAUGCUCCCCCUUAACACGUUCCGUAGGGGUUGGUGUACCAGUUGGCUGACGUAAAACUACAUUGACUAAUAUAUUUCAGUAGCAUUUUUGAAUUGCUGCCCUCAAAACCAUGUCAAACUCGAUAUAAACCACGCUUUACAGAUACCUUAACUUCAGAAAAAAAACAUGUUUUCUAAACAAAAGCAUUUAGAAUACAAAAUUACAGUCUAGGGAAAAUAUUAUUUGGAGACAAGAUUAGUUGUAAACAUUGGAAAGGAAAAUUCAGGCAUUUUCCAAGGUGCUCCUUAAGAUUCUUAAAGAGGUUUACUUCAUAUAAGAUUUAUCCUUUAACCUGUAUUAAAAAUUACUUUCCAGAAAGUGCCACCUGAAUUUUUAAACACUUAAGCAAUUUUUUAAAAUGUGGGUCUUUGUAUAGUACAUAUGUGUACCAACACCCAUUGAAAUUUUAUCUGUUGCACUACAUUUUACUCUAAAUGAAAUUGUGUUUUAUAUUGCUUUAAUUUGCCUCCCACACAGUAGGUACUUACAGUCAUGUUUGGGAACCAGAAUGCUGAUUUCAACUCUCCAAAUGCACCUCUGAUUGGUGAGAGCUGCCUACAGAGACAGAGUGUAGCUCUUCUUUGAUAUGCUCUAAGUAAUUCACAAUUACUUUAACAGUUUUCCCUCAGAAUUUUUUCCCAAAACAUACUAAAGUAAGGUCACUAAGGAAAUGUCACAGAAUGAAUUAAGGAAAUUAAUUUCACUGGUUUAUGUUACUUAAGAACAAGCAACUAGUAGCUCCGACAUACAUGCUGGUGUUAGUUUGCAGAUUAUAUUUCACAUUUCUUGAAGUCCUAUGAUGGAAUCUCAGUUCAUUAUUGUGGACUAUCUGGAUCACUGUGGAACAACGGAAGGUUAGAAGAUGUUAGUACUAAAGUUAAUAGCACAUGGUGGGUGUUGAGACUAUGAAAGUAGCAAGGAUUUUUAAACAGUCCUAACUGUAAAUUAUCGUAACUAUGGAGGCUUGCUAAAAAGUAGGUUUUGGUAUAUGAAGGAGUGAUGUGCACUUGAAUUACUGUACUACUGAUUGUUAUUGCUGCCCAUCAUAGUGCCUAUUCAUGAUCAACCUGCCAGAUUUUGGCAAACUGGAGCUGUGAAUAUUCCAGUAUUCGAUUGUUCUAUCACUUGUUGCUAUGAGUGUAUACUCUCUCUUAAAAUCUUAAUCUUCCUUUUAAAAAUAUUUACGUCCAUUAGAACUAACUGAUUUCUUUUUUGAUUUUUAGUCUGAUGAGGUUUGAAUGUGUGUAUGCAUAUUUGCAUGUAUGCACACAAUACCAUGUCAGACAUGAAGAUAAAUAUCUUUAAUUCAUUGUAUAUACAUAUUAUUAGCCUUAUUUUACAUUAUUUCAGUAAAGAAUUAGUUAAGCAGCCAGAUUUUUCUACCUUGUAUGUAUACUUCAAAGUUCUUACCAUUUCAAAGCUGCAGAUUGGGUAGAUGCAUAUGUACUGGCAAUUGAAUACGCACUAGGAUCAUUAAGACUUUUAUCAAUUGUUUUACCUUUUCAUAGUUAAUCUAUUCAUUAAAAACGGUAUGAUGCUAUGAUUUUUGAUACUUAAAAUUCCCAAGAGUUCAUUAGCCAUAAUUAAGUAUGAUCCGGUUCAAACUUCUGGAUUUAGGAUAUGUAUUGCCAUGUAUCUUAUAAAAUAAGCUACUGUUUUUAUCUGUGCAAUAUAAAUUUUAUUUAUUGUCAUUUGUAACAUAAGUGGAGCUGCAAGUGUACAUGGUAUUCUUCAAAAUAACAGGAUCCUUGCCUUGAAGGCAUUAAACUCUUGAGGCAACUGGAUGUUAGAGGUAAAAGUGAGCAUUGAAGUUAGUAACCAAAAUUACUAGUUCACUGUAUAAUGCUAAAACACUGAUGAUGUUUGCACAUAGUAAUCUAAGCCCAAUGUGGUACAGGCUCAAACUGUAAUAAUAUAAGCUAAUAGUAUAAGAUUUGGAAACGGGUUCUUCAUGAUAGUUAGCAGUGUGCUCCUAGCAACUGAAAGCAGCGCUGAGGUGUUGCUUAUAUGCAAAAGAUGCAAUGUAUUAUAAAGGUGUUAACGUUCUGCCACGUUUUAUAAUUUUCCUUGUUAAAGCCCCAAACUGCCAUGUCCCUUAAACUUGAGUCAAACACAAGCUUAUUUGCACUAAAGAGCAUGGCCAAAAAAAUAAAUGACAGGGUGGAAAAGCUAGUUGGAACCUCUUGAAAUAAUUGGUUCUAAUGGGAGAAUUUCACAUUUGUCUAUUUGAAAGCUAUAUGGUCCAGGCAGACAAUCUGUCAGUUCACUAAUUUAAUAAUGCACUUUACCUUUUGUAUAUAGAAGAUGUACAUUUAUGCCACUUGACAGGUGGAAUGUGUUUCAGUAACUAUGUAGUUAGAAUCUGUAGGGAGAUCUCUUGCAUGCACAUGUUUGUGUUGGAACUAUUGUAACAGGUUUCCACUAAAUCAGUGUCCUGGAGAAGAGUAGAAGAUGCUUUCAAAACAAAUCUCAAUGCAGGUAACAAGGAAUUUUAAAAUAGAUUUCACCUUUGUAUUCUUAAGGCCUAAAAUAAAUAUAAAACUAUUUCUAAUCCAGAUUAGUAUUGCAGUUCAGAUUAUAUCAACUUGAGACUUCCCAUAAUACUCUAAAGGUAAAAUUGGGGGAUUUGGCCAGAUCAUUUCUUAAUGAUUCUGUGUCAUUGUUAAUACAUGUUUAAGUAACUAAUGAAAAGACAGUACAUGCUACUGCACUAGAAUUUAAAAGAAUGGUUAGCUUGUGUUUUAAAAACCAUCAAACUCAAGAAAUAAAGUUUCAAGCAAGGAAACACAAAGAGCUUAAUAAGUUGCUAAAGUAAAUAGGAUAUUUCAAAAUCUGCAGAAGUGUUAACCUUCACCAAGGGAUGAGGGAUUUGGUGUAUCCUUCCACCCUGAAAACUUUUGAAGAUGUACAUUUGAAAACUAGAUAAUUGUUGCUUAAUAAUAGGUUGUAUGUACUUUACUGAGAAACACUGUGUACUAACAAUUCAUCAAGAGUGUGCUAUAUUUACUGCAUUCGUUUUAUAUCUAUAGAUAAGAAUACAUUAUAUAUAGUCAUCCAAUCUUAAUAUAAUCCUGUGUUUAUAUUGUAAUUUUGCAGAUAUUUUCAGUAAAAUAAACAUUUAUCUGAGCUGCACAAUUUGAAGAGGAUGAAAUUGGAAAUCACUCUCAAAUACCAUUUUAAUCAGCAGCUACCAUUGAAAACUGAUGUAUUUGUCAUUCCUUUAAAGUUUGUUUUACAAUUGAUUUUAAUAUAUAAAUGAAUGAAGCUUAAUUUAAAUUUUAGUUGGUUGUCCAGAAACAAGAUUUUUGGGGGUAUAAGGUAAUUUUUCCUGCUUAUUUCCAAAUGACUUUCACUGAAACCACGAAAUCCUCUUCCAAGCUUUAUGUAAGGGCUUUAAUUAGUCACUGCUUAGUUUGAAGUCUUGACCAAAACACCAAACAUCUGUGGCAGGAUGCUUUGUCAAAA